AUGACUGGGGGCUUCGACUUGACGGAUCGCUUCUUCAGAUGGGAAGAGUUUCACACAACAAACUUGACUAUACCCGCAACAGAAGAGGGCAACCCUCCUCAGGUGGUCCUGAAGUACUACAGCGCCGCAGAGCGAGAUUCGUUGAUUCGAGGAAAAUGCCAGGAACUGUACGAUGCGACAGCCAACCCUGUGGACCACAUUCAAAGGCUGGAUCAACAGCUUUCUAGCUAUAUCCAGUGCGAAUGGCGUCCCCAAAUCAGCUUGGACGAUUUCGUCAGCGGGGUUGUCGCAGUUCUGCAGCGGCUACCGAGCGAGACCACUACGCUCCCAGAUAACUUGGACAAUGUUCCCCGACCAUAUUUCAGCGACGAAAACAAGACAUCGCAGUCUCUUCUUGUCAAUCGCUGCAUUCCUGAGAACGUGAUCCGAUUUGCGGCAUACCAAGUCAUGGUCCAGGCCCAGGACGGAUUCACAGAUAGAGAGCUCCAGGAUGCACUCAACGGAACAGGCGAGCUUAUACACACUUGCGUCACGUUGGAGGGAGAAGAGGUGGGAGAUCCGGUCAUCUGGAUCGUUUCCAUGAACCGAGGAUUUGACCAUGAUUCUGAGAGCGCCUACUGGAGUAGGAACUUUCAGGUUUCUCCUGGUCUGUCUCUGCGGGCAUUCACCGAAGAGAGUGCGGCGCUGAAGAAGCGACCCAACAUGUGUGGAUGGAUGUUUGAGCUUCUUCGUGGCGACCCAAAAUGCACCGGCCUGGAUUUCGACCUCCUUCAUCAUCGCUUCAGCGAGGCCUUCAGAGACAAGACACCCCGAUGUCGCGCCGAUAGGGAGGCAGCUUGCUCCGGUAAUACCUGGCGAGAUUGCCUUCGUUUCGACCGUCCUGAGCCAGCAAACCAGACGGCGCACGAUCAGACAACACAACACACCCCUGACAAUGAAGAAAGACUCGUAUGGAACGAAACGUCAUACCUCAGUGUUGACGGCGCUCGGGCUGUCUCUAUUGGGCUCACUGAUCAAGAGUUGAAGGCGGCCGUCCAGACGUCGGCAUCCACAGAUGUCUUCAUGAUCGAUAUUCCUUCUGAUGAGGAGCUGCGGCGAGAAGCCAUUCGCUACAUCAAUGAUGUAUUCUACAAAAGCAAGUGUGUCUUGGUUUGCGACAAGGAUAUUAUGGACCUUGACGCAAGUGACCUGACGACAGCACGCCAAGAGAGCCUCGUUGCAGCUGUCCUGUUCUGUGACUGGAACAUAAGGGCGUGGACUAUGCUCGAAGCUCUGAAGGGUCGUGGCCAUAUCAGUAUUCUGUGCAAGGAUAACCGCAUCAUCGAAUUCGCAGAUGUCCUGAGGCACGUGUGCGAUUACGGCCGGAUCGAUCUUGCAGUAUUCUCCCUCUUGCUCCCGCACACCAUUUCAUGGCGAAAGGAAGGCAUGCAGAAGCUCAAGUCUGAAGUCUUUGCCAAUGACCUACCCCUGGAGAUUGUGGGUUCUUGGUUGAGUCACAGGCCUGCGAGUCGCGAGUAUGAUGACGUUGUCAUCUGGAGUUUGUGUUUGGGCCAGCAAAGUCAGAGAGCAAGGCACCCGGAUCAAUUGUGGGAGAAGCAAAGCCAGGUCCGUACGGGGUUCCUAAUGUCCAGCGCCCCAAGACUAUCGACACCAGGCAGGAGCUGGGCUCCCAGCACAACGUUCGCCUUUUCUGACGACGUGAAUGAGAAUACCAAGGGCAUCCACCGUCCCUUUGACAGCAGUUUCACAGCCAUCGCCACAGUUGAACCGGAGGGGAUUUGGGCCAGGUGGUGGGUGCACGAAAUCGAACAAGGCUGUCUAUCCAAGCUGCUGGGUUACUACAAAGACAGCGUCGCGACAGAAAGAGAGCGCAGAAUGAGGCGAGAACUGGGUCGUGUUCACAAGGUGCUGAAUCUUCACGGCCGUUACCUUGCCCUAUUGAGGCCGAUGUACCUCAGCGUUGCCACUCGUUUUGACGGUGUCCAGCAAACACAGAGCUACGCGAAGUCGGGCGUUUUGCUAGCUGUGUGUGAGUCUGAAAAGAAGGAGGAGAAGGCAGAGCCGGGCAACUAUCGCUUGAGAAACUCGCCGUCGUGGAAGUGGAUCUGGCGAGGUGUCUAUGAGUGGCCAUCUGAUGUUGACCUACCAGAGUUCACUUUGCACCAUGGGCUGUGGAUUGCCUAA